GAUGAUUCAUCUAUAAAAUCAAAGCUUGAGACCUCAAAAGAAGUAAUUUUUCUACUGCCCAAGAACUGGGUCUCGCUCUAAUCUUCAAAAUCAACCUUGGUUUCUGUUACCUUAUCAUAUCUUUGAUAAUAAAGGUUGUUCUUUCUCGUGGGUCGUCUUCCAAUUCGUUUGCUUUGGUCUUGGGGAGCUUUAUCUUAGGAGGAUUAGAAUUGGGUUUCUCUCUGAUACAGUUCUCAGUUGAAGCAAUUGUGGAUUUACCAUUCAAAAGCUCAAACUUUUUUUGUUGUUGUUUGGGAAUUCUUAAGGCGUAAAAGAUGACGAUUGACAAUAUUGCCCCAAAGGAGAAGAGGUCACGAAAGAGCAAACCAGUGAUUGAUGAAAAGGCCCCUUUGUUGCCCAAAAGUCGUGAGGGAGAGGGUGGGUUUGAUGAGUUCAAUGGGGCUUCAUUCUCUGGAGCCGUUUUCAAUUUAUCCACCACAAUCAUUGGUGCAGGAAUCAUGGCUUUGCCUGCUACCAUGAAAGUAUUGGGUCUUAUUCUUGGGGUUUCUCUCAUCGUAUUUAUGGCAUUUUUGACCGAGGCUUCAAUUGAAUUGAUGCUUCGGUUCAGCAAAGCAGGGAAGUCAGUGUCUUAUGGUGGUCUUAUGAAAGAUGCCUUUGGAAAAUACGGAAAGGUGCUGGUGCAAGUAUGUGUUAUAAUAAACAACGUUGGCAUGCUCACUGUGUACAUGAUUAUUAUGGGUGAUGUGCUUUCUGGAACUACUUCAAGUGGAAAUCACCACCCUGGUGUCCUCGAAAGCUGGUUUGGAGUACACUGGUGGAAUGGGCGCUUUUUUGUGCUUCUUAUCACAACACUUGCUAUAUUUUCUCCAUUGGCAUCCUUUAAGCGAAUUGAUUCUUUAAGUUUCACAUCUGCGUUAUCAGUUGGACUCGCAGUUGCAUUUCUUGUUAUUACUAUUGGAAUUUCAAUUUUCAAGUUGGCUACUGGAGGAGUUAAGAUGCCUCGAAUGCUGCCUGAUGUCACUGAUUUGACAUCAGUUUUCAAGCUAUUCACAGCGGUCCCUGUUCUGGUCGUUGCAUAUAUCUGCCACUACAAUGUUCACAGCAUAGACAAUGAACUUGAAGAUUCUACACAGAUGAAACCAGUUGUCCGAUCUGCACUUGGUUUGUGCACCUCUGUGUAUGUGAUGACAAGUGUUUUUGGCUUCCUACUAUUUGGUGAUGACACUCUUGAUGAUGUGCUUGCCAACUUCGACACCAGUCUUGGCAUGCCAUACGGUACCAUUCUUACCGAUGCUGUUCGUGUUAGCUAUGCUGCCCACCUGAUGCUCGUAUUUCCAAUCGUCUUUUACCCAUUGCGGCUCAACUUGGAUGGCCUCCUCUUUCCCUCAUCAAGACCUUUGGUUCAGGACAACAAGAGAUUUGCACUGGUCACUACUGUGCUCAUUACUCUUAUUUUCUUGGCUGCAAACUUCAUACCUAGCAUCUGGGAUGCUUUCCAAUUCAGUGGGGCAACUGCUGCUGUCUGCCUUGGAUUCAUCUUUCCAGCUGCUGUUACUCUCAGGGAUCGGUAUAACAUAGCAACUAAGAAGGACAAGGCGCUGUCUAUAUUUAUGAUUGUCCUUGCCGUGUUCUCGAACCUGAUGGCCAUUUACAGUGAUGCCUAUUCCUUGUUCAAAAGAAGUUCCCCUCGUGAGUGAUCGAUUUCUAGUGUCACUGUCUUCCAAAGAUACCUGCAGGGAAAUCUUGUCAGAGCUUUCAAUGAAGACAUUUUUUAGCUAAAUCAGGUGGAGUUGGAUUAGAAAAUUGGAGUUUUCUAAGAAGGUUCAAUGAGUUAAAAUAAAGAGGGACUAUACUAUGUUGUAUAAUGUACAAAAGUUAUUUUGUGGCAGAAGUGUAAGAAAAGGUGUGUGCACAAUGCAGUGUUAAUUUGUCUACCCCUUUUUCAAUUUCUUUAAAUUAUGAUUGCACUGUACUCGAGAUACAAAGGGAUUUUAUAUAUUGUGUGGAACGAUUGGUAUUAAGGUGACAUACAAAUAUGUAUCCUAGAUUUGUUAUGCACUUUUUAAUUUCUUUUUUAA